CCGGGCAGGGAUCUGGGCCGGGCAGGAGAGGCUCCGAUCCCCGAGCACCCCGCGGGGUCCCGCGUCCGGUGGUCACCCCGCCCCGCCGUGCGCCCCGCGGGGUCCCCGAGUCCGGUGGUUACCGCCACCUGCCCUGCGCCCCACCCAGGGUCCCCGGCGCCGCGUCCCAAGAGCUAGGCCAGGCGGCCUGCGGCAGACAGAGGUCGCUCCCUGGGGCCUGAAGGCGGAAGCCGAAGCGGAAGCCGGAGUCCAGAAUGUUUCUCGCUCUGUGACGGUUUCCAGGCAGCCCCGGCGGAGCGGCUUCUCCUUUCUGCGGCUGGAGGCAGGGAAGGGAGGCCAGUGCGAUCCUAGAGAUUAUUUAUCAGCAACAACAGUAAUAAUUCAACUUAGGACUUCCACGCUGGGCAGCCAGCACGACUGUUCCUCUUCCUCGGCUGUAUGUGGGCUGAGAGUCGAGGUCAGGUGGGGAGAGUGCUUGGCUGAGCUGAGCGCAAGGCCAGGUGCUUCACCUGCAGACCCUCCCUGCCCGGGGAGUGACAGAGGAUACUUGUCACCUCCUCUUUGUCCGGCUGCCCGACCUGACCCCGGGGCCUGUGUCGGGUUCCCACUCUCAUACCCUUCACCAGCUGUGAGACUGGGAACCUCUCUAAACACCAGCAAGUGAACCUCAAAAACGAGGAUACUUCUGUCGCUUUUGCGGGAAUUUGCUUUAAUGAGUAGCAGGCCUCACCAUGGAGCACUUGAGUGCGGCAAACACCCGCUUCGCCUUGGACCUCUUCCGCACCCUGAACAAGAGCGAUCCUGACGGCAACAUCUUCAUCUCCCCCUUCAGCAUUUCAUCAGCGCUGGCCAUGGUCCUUCUGGGGGCCAGAGGCAAUACCGCAGCGCAGAUGUCUAAGGCUCUCUAUUUCAAAGGGGUUGAGGAGGUUCAUUCAGGAUUUCAGAGUUUGAAUGCUGAUAUCAACAAACAUGGAGCUCCCUAUAUUCUGAAACUUGCUAACAGGCUAUUUGGAGAGAAAAGCUAUGAUUUCCUCCCUGAGUUCUUAGCUUCAACUCAGAAAAUGUACGGUGCUGAACUGGCCAGUGUGGAUUUUGUGCAGGCCAGCGAAGACUCAAGGAAGACCAUAAACGAGUGGGUCAAAGGGCAGACGGAAGGGAAAAUUCCAGAGCUGUUGGCCUCAGGUAUGGUUGAUAGCAUGACUAAGUUGGUGCUGGUGAAUGCCAUCUAUUUCAAAGGAAAGUGGCAGGAGAAAUUCAUGAUGGAGGCCACAAAGGAUGCAGCUUUCAGACUGAAUAAGAAAGACACAAAACUAGUGAAAAUGAUGCAUCAGAAGAAGAAGUUUCCACUUGGCUACAUCAACGACCUUAAGUGCCAGGUGCUGGAACUGCCCUACGAGGGUAAGGACCUCAGCAUGGUCAUCCUGCUGCCAGAUGACAUCCAGGACGAGUCCACGGGGCUGAGGAAGAUUGAGCAACAGCUGACUUUGGAAAAGCUGCGUGAGUGGACCAGACCCGAGAAUCUGGAUCUCCUUGAGGUCAAUGUCCAGUUGCCCAGGUUUAGGCUGGAGGAGAGCUACGACCUCACCCCUCCGCUGGCCUUCCUGGGUAUGCAGGAGCUCUUCAGUAGCAAGGCUGACCUGUCUGGCAUGUCGGGAACCAGAGAUCUCUCUGUAUCGAAGGUGGUCCACAAGUCCUUCGUGGAAGUGAACGAGGAGGGCACAGAGGCUGCGGCUGCCACCGCGGUCGCGGUCUUCUUCUCCGCGAUGCCACGAGAGGUGUAUUUCACUGCCGACCAUCCAUUCAUUUUCUUCAUUCGGCACAAUCCUUCCACUAACAUCCUGUUCCUUGGCAGACUAUCUUCCCCAUAGAGACUAGAAAUACAAGGUCAAGCUUGGAGCGUUGUACCUGCCCUUUCAAUGCUGACCAUUUUCACAGAUCUUUACCAGUAAAACUACUAUCCAAAAAUGUAUCUUUAAUCUCCUUUGUAAGCUCAGUUGUGUUGGCUGGUUACACCCAUUAACUUGGCAUGGGUAUCUGUUCUUCCUUUUUUAUGGUAAAAAAAUCCAGUGAUUUCUUUUGAAUGCAUCAAGUUAGAAAAAGAAAGAAAAAAUCAGAUGUGUAGAUUCUUGACAACAUAGAAAUCUAUGAAGUUGCUACACUUUCCUGAGAGCCGGGGGGAACACGGUCACUCUGUCAUCUGUUUCACAGAUAGUCUUUUGGAAGCCGUAAUAUAGAGACACCUUAAUUGUUGAAGGGAGGCUUAAAAACAGAUAUUGAAUUGAAAUACCACAGAGCGCCCCAAUUAAGGGUCUGCGUUACGAAGACAGACUUGCCUUGGCAAUGUCUCUGACCCUGUGUUCUGCAGGAUUUGUAUCCCAUUACAGCCCUCCAGGUUUCAAACUAUCAAAGAGCCACCUGGUGAUAACCUAACCCCUCCCUUUUUUUGUUCUCCCUUUUCCCUCCUGAUAUGAGUUGGUGUGGGGUCACAAGGAAUCAAGCAGUAGGUGUCUUACCAUGAAAGCUGCCAAGAAAUGACAAAAAGAAAAAUGUCGUAGGAGAUACUAUUAAGCAAAGAGGUGGCGCAGAGAUCUCACUGUUAACCGGCUUCUGCCGUGUUUUCUGAUAAAGGCUCUUGACGUCCAUAAUAUGGUACAGGUUUUUAUGGUAGUGGGAUGGCUUUAUGCAACGCUGUGGUGCGAGAUGGGGUGAGGAUGCACUCUGAUUAAUAUAACCCUUUGUCAAUGCACUCCUUGGAAGGGGGCAUGAAAUGCUGCAUCUUUGUGCUCCCAUAAAGCUGGUGGCUGGUUAAUAAAGUUUCCUAAGAUUCUGCAAA